CUUGUGAUGUCAUUAUGGGCGUUUCACCUGUCAGCAAUGGCCAAGAGAAAAGAAACGUCUGUAGAUCUCCACAGAAUCAUAAUGGUUGGUAUGGCGGGCGUAGGAAAAUCUGCGUUAACUCUUCAGUAUAUGUACGAUGAGUUUGUAGAGAACUACGAACCUACUAAGGCUGACAGCUACCGGAAGAAAGUAGUACUUGAAGGUGAAGAGUGCAAUAUCGACAUUUUAGACACGGCAGGCCAGGAAGAUUAUGCUGCUAUUCGAGACAACUACUUCCGAAGUGGUGAAGGUUUUCUUCUUGUUUUCUCAAUCACCGAGUCGGAAUCGUUCCAAGCUCUUGAUGACUUGCGUGAACACAUUCUUAGAGUAAAGAAUGAUGACAAGUUUGCGUUGAUUAUGACGGGCAAUAAAGCUGACCUUGAAGACCAGCGAAGAGUUAGCACAGCUGAAGCACAGGCACAAGCUACCAGAUGGGGUGUGCCGUAUGUGGAGACUUCUGCGAAAACAAAAGAUAAUGUUGAUAAGGCUUUUUUUGAUCUUAUGAGGAUGGUAAAAGCAACUAAGGGAGAGCCAGCUGGAGGGCAAGGGAAGAAGAACAAGAAGAAAAAGAAGAGCAAAUGUACCAUUUUAUAGAUAGGAACAAUGGUGUUCGUAUUGUUUAUUAUAUGGUCGAAAGCAGGUUGUAGCUUAGUCAGUCAACUCCUGUUUUGAUUAAUAUCAUUGAGUGAGGAAAGA